AUGGGCAUUCCUUUCCCAGAGGAACCCGCGGCAGAUAAACUGGACUGUUCUUUCCAGGAGGAAGCCCGAAAGGGGGCAAUCAGAAGACAUUCAAAAGAAACGAACCCGCCAGGCAGUCAAAUUCAGAAGGCCAUCGCCAGUGCAUCUCUUACUGAUGGGAUGGCCAAGAGGAAUCAGAAACCUCAAGGUCAAACACUCUUCAAAGUAGUAAUCAACUCUCUUUCCCCUAAAGAGGUAGUCCGGAUUCACGUAUCUAAACCUUUGGACAGGAAUGAUGGGACAUUCCUGCUGAGAUACAGGAUGUACGAAAGUGCCAAUGAAGGGCUGAAGAUAGACGUUCUUUAUGGUGGUGAACAUGUUGCCCUGUCCCCUUAUAUUUUGAAAGGUCCAGUGUACCACGAGUACUGCGCGUGCCCAGAAGAGGAUGCUCGGGCCUGGCAAAAAGUGCUUUCAUGCCCAACCAAGGAACCACAGAUUGCGAAAGAUUUCUCGUCCUUCCCCAGCAUCAAUCUCCAGCAGAUGCUGAGCGAAGUCCCCAAAAGGUUUGGGGAUGAGAGAGGCGCCAUUGUUCAUUACACAAUUCUCAAUAACAACAUCUACCGGCGAGCUUUAGGGAAAUACACAGACUUCAAAAUGUUCUCUGAUGAGAUUUUGCUGUCCUUGGCAAGGAAGUACAAAUACCAAGUGAAUGUGGAUGGCACUGUGGCUGCGUACAGAUUCCCUUAUCUCAUGCUGGGGGACAGCCUGGUCCUGAAGCAGGACUCGCCGUAUUAUGAGCAUUUCUACAUGGCACUAACACCUUGGAAACAUUAUGUGCCAAUUAAAAGAAACCUUAGUGAUUUAUUAGAGAAAGUUAAAUGGGCCAAGGAAAAUGAUGAAGAAGCCAAGAAGAUAGCAAAGGAAGGGCAGUUGACUGCUAGGGAGCUGCUGCAGCCGCACAGACUUUACUGCUACUAUUACAGCGUGCUGCAGAAAUAUGCUGCGCUCCAGUCCAGUAAACCCGAAAUACGCGAUGGAAUGGAACGUGUUCCUCAGCCUGACGAGAGCACGUCCAUCUGCCAGUGUUUCAGGAAGAAGCCUGCAAGGGAAGAACUUUAAGUCAGCCCCAGUUCACACUCCUGGGAAUCUUCACUCCAGACAGCUGGACAGAAUCUGAGGUGUGAGGACAGUACAGACACCUUUACCCAGCAAAUUCGUUCUCAUGUUGACUUUAUCUAAGCUGGAUACACAGACCGUAGAGCACGUAUUAUGAAAAUUUCUGGAUAGUCUUUUGUAUAAGAGCUGCCAUCUUCGAUGCCCCAGCCUCUUUAAAAAGAUAAUUUGGAGGCUCAUAGAAAAUACAAAGGCUUGACAAAAUAUUAAUCACCUAUGAAGCGAAUUAUAUCAUACAAACUGAAAGAGAAUGGAAUUUUCCCACAAGCUUUUUGAAGCCCCUCCCCCUCCCCUUGUACUUGUAGGGUUAUUUCUAGUCCCUGUUUAUUUUCCCUCUUGAACUUCCAACUACUAGAGAAUAUGUUUGUAUAAUUUAAAAAAUUGCUUCACUACAUAGUUUCUCCUCUUACUGUCAGCUUUUUGACAUUCUAUGGUAUUAGCUUCUUUUGGGUGGGUCUAAUAAGAAUCUUCAAAGAUAAUGAGGAUAAAUGUUAUUAAUUAGCAAGGAAACUGUGAAGAAGAUAUUUUUAUAAGCACUGCUCAUAUAUUUUUAACUAAAUUGCACCAAAGUGUCAGACAAAAUUCACACUUUAACAUAGUAAUUCCCAAUCUGUCUGCCUUGUGCAUCCAUUAUGAAGAACACAGCUAUUAAAGUAGAUAGGAAGUAUCCUGUGGAUACCAGUCAUCAUUUAUUAACUGAAUACCCAGAAGUAAACUAGCUUUUUAGGGAGCUUUAUGCCUUUGUGCCUUUGAACAGGAUCUCUGAAAAAAGCAUGGCUAUAGCUUUAGUAAAGGUGCCUUUUGGGAUUCACCAAUAAGCUGAGAGCAGAGCCAAGCACCCACGCCUCACUUCACCGCCUCCUCUAUUCCAGCCGUGCUCCUUGCUAAGGAAGGACUUCAGAGAUCUAUUCUGCCGUGUAAGGAGCAGGGCAAAAUGGAGGACUCGUAGCCCAGCAAUUCAGUACACACGGUGAAAUAAUGUAACCAUUUUAAAAGUAGCCGGAUCUAUUCUUUUUGAAGAUAAAUAUGAACAUAAAAUGUUUUAACUAGGCAAAAGCUAAAGAACAAUGUUAGAUCAAUGUGAUCAAAGCCAAGAAAACAAGGCAAACUUUAAUAUCCACCAGUUGUUCAAAGCCACAGGUGAAUAAAUAUAAAACAAAGGGCUAGGAGCUGGACUGAGCUCUUAAGGAAUCCAUGUCUCAACAUAUAUUGUACAUAGAGUUUGAGGCUUGUCAAAAUUGGAAUUAUGAAAAGAAAGACUGCCUCACUCAUACUUCCCUGCCCUUCAGCCCUUUAGCCUGUUGGCUACUUGCAUUUUUAAAGAAACAUUUCAGAGUUUUCUCUGUAUUUACCUACUGUCAGAUAUAUCGAUAUCUCUGUAUUUACCUGCUGUCAGAUAUACCGAUUGGAAGCAAGUGGAGCCAAUUCAGGCCACUCCUGGGACUGGAACAGGAAGGAUAUGUUUGAGAAAUAAAUGAGUCCCUGAAGCGCUUCAUCCUGUAGGGAGAGAGCACUCUUUAUCUUAGACAGUGUCUUAAUUACCAACUCAGUAAUAGCCCUUAAAAAGAAUCGGUUUAUAUUCCUGCAUUAUUGGCCUCGAUUUGGUUUAGUAAAAACAGAAAAACAGCUAGGGAGUAGUACAUAGGUUAAAUGGGAGUAUGCCUGCAUACCUAUACAGGUAUGGUUGAGGCUAUUUCUACAUAUUUUCAAAUGCUGUGUGUUUAUUCAUAUACAUACUAGAGCACGUAGGGGGCACAGUUUUAGAAACUACUUAGAUCUCAAGACUGAAGGCUAAGCACCCUAAUCUGAGAGGACAUCUAUGAAAAUAGUGCUCUACGGCUUAGCAUCUGGGGUCUUAAGAGAUAGUACGUGGCCACUUAAGAAGCAAAUACUGGAAAAUUAGAGGCUAGCGAAUUUUGGGAAUGAUGAGGGCAACAAAUGUAUAGAUGUGCUUUACACAAUUGA